AUGGAGUGUAUUCCCCCAGCACUCUUCUCGUCCAUCGUGGCGUUCGCUGUGCAUGACGACAGCGAAGACUCGAUCCCGGCGAAGCGCAAACUUCCCGUAGACGGCCUCAAGCCGCUCGCGCUGGUCUGUAAGUCCUGGUAUAGAUUCAUCAACGAGGUUGCAUCUCGCUCUCAAUGCUCCUCCCUCAGUCUUAACUUCGCUACAGGUUCCCGUUCUGAAAUCUUGGAUAUGCGUCGCCAAAUUUCGGAACGAGGUCCCAAAAUUCUUGAUCUGAAUAUCCAAAUUGGGGAAGCACCUCCACGCGGGGGAGGGGUCCACCUACUCCGAACUGGAAUCUUGUCAACUUGGAAUAACAAAGAUUUCCAGAUCGACUGGGACGUGAUAUUUUCACGCGUUCCAGCACUACGGAGACUGGAUCUGUCCGGUGUCCAAUUGUUUAGUGGACAAGUGGAGUUGAUCCUCAACAGCGCAGCAAAAUACUGCAAAAAUGUCGAGUCGGUGGCGUUGGCCACAGUGGACGAAAUGUUGCAAGGUCGAGUUGAUUUUGACUCGAUUUUUGGGGCUCUGUAUGCUGCAUUGGAGGUCUGGUACUCCAGUGGAACUCACAGAGGCUUGAGGCAAUUGACUGUCCCGAUAUUUGAUGAAAGAAAACGGUUCCAGUCGUGCAAACAACUUUUUGACAACGUGGUGAAGUUUUGUCCCAGAGUGGAAUAUCUGGAUGGUUACAAGAAGACGCUGAAUGAACUGGAAAAGUUGACUUGUCGUGAUGACUGGCCGAUCAUUGUGGACCAGUGGGAGGAAUUUAAUGCCAAGUGCACGCAGUUGCGGGAGUUCCAUUGGGUGGUUGCACCUUUUGCUGACCCUUUCUUUAAAGUGUUCGGAGAGCAUGUUAAACCGAACUUGAAAAAGCUCACUUUUGCUGUGAAUAUGUUGUGGGAGUGGGAAGAGUACUUUGAUUCGGUGGAUGAGGCAGCUGGACUACCACCUCGAAGUCACACGGACUGGCACAGCUUCUCAGAACGACCAGGGUAUGGCUUGAAAGCGACAGAUGUGAGCAGUGCACUGAAAGGUUGUCCGGCGUUGGAUGACUUGGAGAUCGAGCUGUAUCAUCCUGUUGAUGAUGACGAUUUGGAGUAUGAUAAUCCGUAUGAGGACGAGGACAUUGCUGAUUUCCCGGAAGAUGAGGUGCUCAAUAUUGACAUUUAUGAUGACAAAUUUUGCGAGACGUUGGUGAAGUACUGUCCCUUGUUAAGGAAGUUUUCGAUCUGGGAGGUUGCUGAGGGACACAAUAGCUAUCUCAGACCCAUCCGAACGUUUACGGAUCAAGGACUUCAAGCUCUUGCAAAGCUGAAGUACUUGACAAGGAUGGAGCUACGUACGAUCAACUGCACAGGCAAUGGCGUGUUCGAGUUUCUAAACGGACUAUCAGACGAGUUCUUGGGUCUGCGAACGUUCCAAAUCUGCCUCGGUGGGUACCCCAGUGACUGUAAACAAGCGUUCUACAACGCGAUUCCGGAGCUGUUAAAGCAGCUAGAAGCGAGAAGUCCGGAGGAGCUUGGGUGGGGUAGCCGCAAGUUUAUUUUACGUCUGAUGAACUCCCACUUUAACAUUGUUGAGCCUGAUUGGAGCCAACACUACCUUCGUGAUCUGGAACGCGUUGUGGAAAACGUGAAAAAGUUGCACCCGAAUCUACGUCUUCGCAUUACGACGUCUGGACGCCGAGGCAGUACGUUUGGAAGUAUCAUCGAGCUGGGUCUGUACACUUCGAGUGCUGAACCGAGUAUCUGGUGCGGUUGGGGUGACGAAGAGAGCGACCGCAACAUUACUUUCGUGAAUCGUGGUGGUGGGUCCUACAGCUUUGAUCACGGUCGGAACAGACUGCCUGUGGAGUUACGACACCCUGAAUUGCUUGAUCCAGACUCGCUCCCUAUCGACUAUGAGUUGCCAGCGGACUAUUUCGACGAUUACGGAUAUGGUGGCUACGGAGACUUUGAUGACUACUACAAUGGUGACCUUUCUGAUGAAGACGAUGGGUACUACGAUGGGAACGCAGACGAACUGUGGGAAUAG